AUGGCGCCUGAUCAACCGCGUCGAUUCUACAUAAUCACCUCUCCCAGAACCGGAUCAAACCUUCUCUUGAAGAUUCUGGCAUUGGAAGACCAGCCCAAUGUCGCAUUUCGCAGAAACGGAGGCUAUUUUUUUAUGCCGCUGGUCUUGUUAAAAGCAGAGCUCCGUUGUUCUUGGAAACACGUUGAACAGCUAAGCGCAGACCAAAAAGCACAUGUCGAAGAGUGCAUGAAAAGCUGCUUCAACGAAUUCAAUGAUCAUAUUGAGAGUGCAGGUUCGGAAGGAAAAAUUGUGGUCGUUAAAGAGCAUUCUAAUUUUUUGACUGAUCCGGUUGCUAAGACACGAUUCUUGUAUGGAGAGGAGAGCAUUAUUCAAGAGAUGCCUUGGACGUUACGAGGUCCAAAUGAGUUGGUGCGAACCACGAGCCGUUCAGUUCUUAACGAAACAAUACUCUCGGACGAAUUCCUGAACACAUGGCGACCGGUUUUCCUCAUUAGGCAUCCAGCACUGUCUUUCCCUUCGUUUUAUCGCGCCUCUGUUAGGGCUGACGGUGAGGAAUUCACAAAGUCGACUCCAGGACGUCGCGCCUGCCAGAUGGUGAUGACCAUGCGAUGGACACGAAAAUUGUACGACUUCUAUGUCGACUCCUUUAAAGAAUGCAAUAUCCGAGCCGACCAGGAAACCGCAGAGGCCACCUGGCCCAUCGUACUGGACGCGGACGAUAUCAUGACCGAGCCUGCAGUACUCGUCAAGCUCUGCAACAUCCUUGGGCUAGACAGCGAUAGACUGCGCUAUGAAUGGGGCCCUUCGAAUCAAUCCCGGCCUCUUUGGGCGCAGGCAUUUCGAACUACACUCGACAGCUCUACUACAAUCAUCACCACAAAGGUUGCUGGCAAUGUGAACAUCGACGAGGAAGGAAAGAAAUGGAAAGAAGAGUUUGGAGAAGAGGACGGCCAGAUGAUAGAGAAUUAUGUCCGUGCCGCGAUGCUGGACUAUGAAUUCUUAAAAUCAAAAAAGCUUCGGCUGUGA